AGCCGGUUUCUUGCAAGGGCUGCGAAUCCUACCAUGUACUACGUCACCAAAUACCAGUAUGCUUUAAAGAUUAUCCCACUAGAUGGCGAUAGUAUAGCUGAAUAAGCGGGAGACCGAAGUAAAGCCCGAAGGUCUAGCGAGUCUCGGUGUCUGUAUCGAGAUCCCAGUUGGCCAGUUGCUUCGAGCCAUCGGCGAGGUGCACUAGGUGCAUGCGUGCGUGGGUGUGUGUGUGUGUUUGUGCGGCACAUCCCAAAUCAGCCAAAUGUAUCUCGCGUAGCGAAAUAUCACUGCCGACUGACAGCAGCGGUCCCAGCAGCCGUAUCCACUACAGUUCAUGACUCUGUUAGUCCUCGUGCAGCCUCGGCAGUGGGAGUAAAGUGCUUGAGGAGAAUACGGAGAACGGAUUAUAGUGCCAGUGCGAGGCUAACGCGACGAUUCGCUCGCCAAAAUGAUAAUAGACGGUCGUUCACCUGUGGCUCUCGCGGCGUUUGUGAUUGUAGUAUGUGCCCUGUGCCUUGAAGGUGCUCGCACGAGGUCCCUCGACUCCAAUGAAAAUUGUGAGGCAGUCAAGCCGUUCUUCGUUAGCAAGAACAUAGCCCUUGGGUUCAUCAAAAACCCUGAGGAUGUUGAGAAAACAAUCUGCGGCGGCAACUGCUGCGACCCACAGACCGAGGAGCGGAUCAAACAGCAGGCUAGGUCGGAUUUUCACUACCAGAUACAUCAUCACAGUAGAAGCCAUCAGGGUUUACUCGCCAUCACUGCGGACGCCUUGAGGGACUCCAUGACGUCAUUGGCCAGACAAUCGGAAAACAAGACGCUGAAUCUUUUCAACCAAGUGUACCGGUCCAUGGCUGUUCAGAGCAGACCGUCCAUCAAGGCCCUCUACCAGGCGAUGAUAGACUACGUAGCGCCUAGUAAUACCCCUGUAAACCUGGAACAACCGCUCACCAGGUCGAUGCUGAAGGAACGUUUUUCCGAGUUCUUCACGAAGCUCUUCCCCAUAGCUUAUCAUCACGCGGUGAAUCCGCAUCAGCAAGACUUCAGUCCGAAGUUCAAGAGCUGUCUAUAUGAAAUUGUCGAUAGGAUCAAGCCGUUCGGUGAUAUUCCUGAUCAGAUAUCAGCGUCUAUGGCGAAGAGUCUCGAGGCCACCCGUGUACUGAUACAGGCAUUGGAUCUCGGUAAAACGGUCUUGGAUAAGACGGACACCGUGCUGUUUUCUGGAUCCCGUCUUCAUCAGGAAGCCUGCAACGACGCUCUUAUGAAGAUGACGUACUGUCCUAAGUGUAAAGGUAUCACUGAGGAGGUCGAACCCUGCCACAGUCUGUGCACCAACGUAAUGAGAGGGUGUCUGACUCAACCAGCAUCCGAAAUGGACCCCGCCUGGUCGGGCUACGUCUACAUCGUGGAACGUCUUGUAGCGGCUGUGGAUGGUCCUACCAACGUUCUGGAACUAAACACUGAGAGGGCCAUGAGACAGCUGGACACACACAUCUCUGAUGCGAUAAUGCACGCCAUGGAGGACGGUCCAGCGUUGGAGGAGAAGGUGCGAACGGCAUGCGGCCGUGCGGAACUUAAUUCGGCUGUCACGACGACAAAUUCGGAUGACAGCAGCGCCGCGACGUUGACCGUCGUCGACGCGUCCACGCUACCGUCACCCUUCACACCCAGGACGCCGCCCAAUCAGCUGCACGUGCAGCUAGGUAACUUCCUUGCUAGUGUCGAGCGAUCACGCACCUUCUACGGUAACCUGGCAGACACCAUCUGCGAGGAGUAUCCCGAUAAGCACUGCUGGAACGGAGAGCGUAUCGGAGAGUACACGAAGACAGUAGUGGAUUCCAGCCUGGGAGCACAAAAGUACAAUCCAGAGUUCAAACUGACAGCUAUCGGCACAGCGGACACAUCCGCCUACAGCAAUCCGAACAUCAGUGAAUUGAUUGACCAGCUCAGACACAUUACCCAGGUGGUCCAGUCUCAUCUGACGUACCCGUCAUCAGCGAUUGGACUUUUGGCUGACGAGGCUGCGGAUGGUUCCGGAAGCGGAUGGAGACCAGAGAUGGAGGAUGACGAUGAUGGUAGAAAUGGUGGUGGCAUUCAUAAUAGACAUGACGAUGAAGACGACGAUGGCAAUUACUCGGGAUCCGGUAUGGGAUCCACGACUAUCGAUCCUGUGGUCAAGGGAAACGAGAAUAUUGACGGCAAUCUCGCUACUGGAAUCUCGUCGCGAUCCUUCUUGACUUUACUACUCCUUUUCUGCACAAUCUACGUCCCGUUGGCGGCCUAAUUUCAUACUGACGAGUCCUAACCGAGAGGAAGAGGAUUGAAACGAAGAGAGAAAAGGAUGCUGAAGGAUUUUUCCUCCCGACCGGAAUGACGUUCUGAGCAUGCGUGAGCGAGAGGGAAAGAGUGAUAUUGGGAUUGAAAGAGAGAGAGAGAGAGAGAGAGAGAUCCGGACAAUUGUAAUGCAUUUCUAUCUAGCGAAUCUAGUGAUCCUGGAGGAGAUAAUCAUGAAAUCCUCUUUGCUUGGACGAUUGAAUUUUCUCGACUGACGCAGGAGGCACGAGAGAGCAUGACGAAAAGGCAUAAGAAAAUUAACAGAACGUUAUAAGCGAUAACUCCCUGUCACAGUCACUCGGUGUUCGCCUUAAUUAUACAAGGUGUCACGUCAGUCCAGGAUAAUACAUCAUUCCACUAUUGCCAUAUCUCGAGGGUGACCGGACAACCGUGAAGUCACGUUCUACCGCGUUAAUACGUAGAUAUGAGCUGGAUGAUAUCGAACGACGAGAGAGGUACAGGAUACCGUGUGACAGAGAGUGAGAGAGAAAGUAUGCUUUUUCACCGUGACGAAAAUAUUUCGAAAAAAUUUCUCAACUCUUUGAUUUCUUGAACAUUAGCUUUCCUCGUUCAUUUCUAUACAAUGCGUUUAAGUGCAUACAUGUGCACGCUAUGGCACAUUUAACGCAAGCGCGUGUCACAAAUGCGGCCUCACGGUCGCACGUGUCUUGUAAGAUAAAUAGAAGUUAGCAAAGCGAAUAGUUUGCGAGGGCGAAGUCGUGAGAGAGAGAGAGAGAAAUAAAGAGAGAGAUGUAUUGAAAUGUGCAAGCAGAGAAAAAACAUGGCAGCAAGACAAGAAUAUAUAUAGCGUAUAACGAGAGUGGUAUAAAAUUCCUUGGAAACUGUGCGUUAAUAUCUGCCAAGACUUGGGACUGCCAAUCCGAAGAGAGUGAGUUAGUGGAGGGAUGGAUGAAUGAAUUAGUGAAUGAGAAUGAGAAGAAGGGGGAGUCAGGUGUUUGGAUAAGAAAUUUCAAGUGGAGAUAUUAAAAGCUGAUGCUUUUAUACGCUGGUAAAUUUUUCAUGCACGGUUUUCUGCCCUUUGCAAAGUGCGCGCGCGACGUGAUGAAAAUCGAGAGCGAACUCCAAGAAUAGGCGGGAUCUAAUAAUAUCGCUAUAAAUAUGCGUAUAAGCGGAGCCGUCAAUAAGAGCGCGUCGAAACGCUUCCUCGUUACUUGGUCGAGCCUCUUUUUUUUUCGUACAUUUGACCUUUAUUCGUCAUUUUUUCUUUAUAACUAUCUUUCUCUUUUUCUUUGUCUCCUUCUCCGUACUCUCGCUUCUUCUUGGUCACGUCUCUUACGUUAGAAGUGUUUUGGUGCCUUUUUCAAUGUCCUAGAGUCACUACACACUUCCUUACAGUCAAGAAGUUUUGAGGCCUCAAUCGAUGCAAAUCUAUAGCUGUACCAAGUGUUACGCUCUCUCCUUGUGAACUCAGGGGCUCCUCGUUACUUUAUUCUUUUUUUUACUUCUAUUGCCGUAUCCCUCCGUCGCUCUCUCUUUCAUUUUUUUUGCCAGCAAACUCGUCCGCCCUUAAUUCUCACGAGUCGUUCAUUGAAUCCAAUUGUGUCCGCGAGGGCGGAGUGAAAAGAGGACGUGGUACGGGACAGAGGCUGUGGGAAGAGAGGGUCGCAAGAGAAUCUAGAGAGAGAGAGAGAGAACUUGUGUGUGCAUGAAAAGGAUAGGAAACAGAUGGUGAGUGAGAGGAAACGACGAGGUUAAGAAUCUUCUUGAAUUCAGCGUAGGUUGAACUGUACCGUGCUUCUAAUUGGAAAGGCUGAAGUUUCGACCGCGCUUCUAGAGUUUGAUUGGCGACCCGAAUUCUUUUUGUCCUCUGAAUUCCGAACAAAUUUAGGCUGUUUGCUCGGACGCGCCGCUUCCACGUCACUUUUGCGGAACGCGUUAUUUUUCCUCGGCGGGAGAAAAAGUGAGAGGGACGGAGAAAGGG